GCUCACGUGCGGAGACCCGCGCGGGGCGGCUUCCGGGCUCUCGGGCCGCUGCUGUCCCCGCUGCCGGCGAAUUGGGGUCCGGCGGGACCUGUGCUCGGCGAGCAGAGCUCGGCUCCGGGGCCGCGGCGCCGCCGUGGAUGGGCGCGGGGGCUGGGACGGUGCCGGGAUGGCGAAAGCGAGGGUGCUGGCCCCCGAGUGCGCCCCGGGCGACCCCGCGCCUGAGCCCGGGCUCGUCAAGAAGCCGAAUCGGAAGAAAAACAGGAAGAAAAGAUUCUGGAAGAACAAAGCGCGAGAAGCAGGCAGAAAGCCGGGAAACGGCCCCGGCGUGGUGAUGGUGCGACCUCCAAAGGCACCGGAGGACUUUUCCCAAAACUGGAAGGCGCUGCAGGAGGAGUUGCUGAAACAAAAAUCACAGGCCCCGGAAGAGCCUCUUGUUCUCUCUCAGACGGAUUCCAAAAAGCAGCCCCAAAGUGUCCAACAAAACAGGAAAGUGAUCUCAGAUAAAGCAAGGAGAGAUGAGAUGGGGACAGAAAACACAGACCCCAAGGCCGCAGGGAGCUCUGUGCCCUCAGGAUGUCUGAUGAACAGGAAGAUCCGGGCACAGCGCAAUGAGAAAGGAGCGAAGAAAAGGACCAAUGAUGACAUUUCCCCGAAACGAGGAGAAGUCAAACGUAAGAAGUGGAAAGCUGGGGAGGUGACCGCCACCUUGCCUCCGGCCCCGCCCACCGACGAAGACAUCUGGUUUGACGACGUUGACCCAGCGGACAUCGAAGCAGCCGUCGGCCCGGAGGCAGCCAGGAUAGCGAGGAAGCGGCUGGGUCAGAGCGAGAGCAGCAUCACGCUGGUGAAGGAGCGGGCCUUUGGCGGCCUGACGAAAGCCUUAGCCGCGGACUGUGAGAUGGUGGGCACGGGCCCCAGGGGGGAGGACAGCAUCGUGGCCCGCGUGUCCCUGGUGAACCAGUACGGGAAGUGUGUUUACGACAAGUACGUGAAGCCAACCCAGCCGGUGACUGAUUACAGGACGGCGGUCAGCGGGAUCCGGCCCGACGACCUGGCGCAGGGAGAAGAAUUUGAAGUCGUCCAGAAGGAGGUGGCAGACCUGCUGAAGGGCCGGAUUCUAGUCGGACACGCGCUGCACAACGACCUGAAGGCGCUGUUUCUCGGUCACCCGAAGAAGAAGAUCCGGGACACUCAGAAGUACAAACCUUUCCGGAGCCAAGUGAAGAGUGGACGGCCGUCUCUGAAGCUGCUUGCGGAGAGAGUCCUGGGGAUCCGGGUGCAGCAGGCAGAGCACUGCUCGAUUCAGGAUGCGCAGGCGGCGAUGAGGCUGUACGUCCUGGUGAAGAAGGAGUGGGAGAGCAUCGCCCGAGACCGGCGGCCCCCGGCCUCCAAGGCCCACGGUGACGCCGCCUAGCAGGGGCCCCGUCCUGUGCCACGCUCACGGGCAGCUGUGACCAAGUCACCGGACAGAUGGAGGCCCCCCGGAGCAGUGACCCUGUGGAAAAGUUUCAGAAUCACGGCAGCAGGGGCACGCGGCGUGCUCGCUGCUGAGCAGAACGUCUCCCGUCUGGUUGUGGCAUCUGAGACUCAUCCCCGCACGUGGGACGGGAGGAGGGGCUGUCCCUGGGGGCUCCCCGGGUCCCAGGACCAGAGGCGCCUAGUUGUCCCCAGGUCUGCGGCGCCUUCCCCUGAGGAGGCCUCUUUCCCUCGUUGCCUUGGCCAACGGAAAGGAAAGAACUCCGCGGACUCGAGCCUGGACUGCGCGGCUGUGGGCAGCCCGGCGGCAGCCUCGUCGAGGGGUUUUCAGUGGUUCCUUUCUCACCCCCUGCACACAAGUUUAAACUGCGGGUCGGGGCCCACAGCCGGCGAGGGGAGCUCGGGCUGCCCAGCGCGGUGACGACGGUUCUCCGCAGAGGUGGGCGCCUCCCCGACUAGGGUGGACGUUCCGACCACGGGCGGGCCCGGGCGCGGGGGGCUCUCUGGCACAGGAGCAGCCGGUUGCAGUGAGUGGAGCGUGUGACGCGCCGGGCUGUACUGAGCCCCCGCCGGCCGUACAGAAAGUCCGAACCCACGGAGGAGGUUGUGUGACGUAAACGCAGGUUUUUACUUGA